AUGAGUGCCAAAUGGUUGCUUUUCUUGCGAUCAUUUCUCUUCGCCAUCCUGACACACCUUGCAGCAUUUUCCACACCCAUUCACAAAGCACCAGCACUGAACCGCACCAACGUUGAUCGUCUAGCAUUUCUUGCUAUUAAAUCCAUGAUUAAAGGUGACCCACAAGGUCUCCUGACCUCAUGGAACCAUUCCAGCACUAAUUUCUGCCAAUGGCAAGGUGUUACAUGUAGCCUUCACCACCAAAGAGUCACCCACUUGAACAUCUCACAUGGAGGCCUAAUUGGUACGUUGUCUCCUUCCAUCGGAAAUCUUAGCUUUCUCAGGGUUAUUCAGUUUUCUUACAACUCAUUUUCUGGUGAAAUUCCACCUGAAAUUGGUCGUCUCUUUAGAUUACGACAACUACGUCUUCGUUACAACGCUUUCACGGGAAUCAUUCCGGCCACUAUCGUGAAUUGCUCCAACCUCGAAGUCCUUCAUUUGGCUACUAAUAAUCUGGUCGGCAAGAUCCCUGAUGGAAUUGGUUCAUUGUCCAUGCUAAGUAUAUUCAGCCUGCACGAUAACAUUCUACAAGGCGGGAUUCCACCUGAAAUUGGCAGUCUUUUUAGAUUACAAGAACUAUGGCUUUAUAACAACUCUUUCACGGGAAGCAUACCAGCCACCAUAACGAAUUGCUCCAACCUCCAGAUCCUUCAGUUGGGUAACAAUAGUCUGACUGGCAAGAUCCCAGAUGGGAUUGGUUCAUUGUCCAUGCUAAGCAUCCUCGACCUUGACGACAACAUUCUACAAGGCGGGAUUCCACCUGAAAUUGGCGGUCUUUUAACAUUACAAGAACUAUAUCUUUUUAAAAACUCUUUCACGGGAAACAUUCCGGCCACCAUAACGAAUUGCUCCAACCUCCAAGUCCUUAACUUGGGUAGCAAUAAUCUGGUCGGCAAGAUCCCCGAUUGGAUUGGUUCAUUGUCCAUGCUAAGCACACUCGACCUUCGUUACAACUCUUUCAUGGGAAACAUUCCGGCCACCAUAACGAAUUGCUCCAACCUUCAAGUCCUUAUCUUGGUUAACAAUAAUCUGGUCGGCAAGAUCCAUGGAAAUAUAUUGUCCAUCCCUCCUACAGUUCAUUGGCUCGACUUAAGUGUUAAUAAUUUUGGGGGGAAAUUACCUUCUCUCACAAACAGUUCAUCUUUAAUAUAUUUGGACCUAUCAGAUAACAACUUUGUGGGAUCAUUACAUAAUUUGGUUUGUUCCAAUGGUGUGAAGAAGACCGGAGUUUUUGAUUUGGGAAAUAAUAAGUUAUCGGGUGUUAUUCCAGAGUGUUGGGAGAAGUGGUCGAGCUUGGUAAGCUUAUGGUUAAGUGAUAAUUAUUUGUCAGGUGAGAUUCCAAGAACAUUGGGGUCUAUACCUUUGUUGCAAUUUUUAGCCAUAAGUGGGAACAAGAUUUCAGGAGGAUUACCUUCUUCCCUAUUGAAUUUGUCAUACUUAAAGGUCCUUGACCUUGGAAGAAAUAAUCUCGCAGGAAUCAUUCCACCAUGGAUUGGAAUAAAACUCACUAUGUUGAAAAUUCUCAAUCUUAGAUCCAACAAUUUUUACGGAAAUACUCCUAACCAGCUAUGUUAUCUUUCACAUGUUCAAGUAUUGGAUCUUGCUCAUAAUAACCUCUCAGGAAAUAUUCCUAGAUGCUUCAACAACUUUAGUGUGCUUUCCGGCAUAGAAACUAAUUUAGAGGUUCAAUUUUUAUUCUAUAUUGACGGUAGCUCUGUUAUUGUUGGUGAUUCAUUGGUGAUGAAGGGACACGAAGCCAUUUACGGAUCUUUUCUAGGGCUAGUCAUGCUUUUGGACCUUUCGAGCAACAAGUUUUCAGGGCAGAUCCCUAGUGAGCUUACGACCCUCCACAAGUUAAAAUCAUUGAAUUUAUCAAGAAAUCAAUUGACAGGAGAGAUCCCGAAUAAGAUAGGAGACAUGAAAUCACUUGAGUCUUUUGAUUUAUCAGUAAACAAUCUUUCUGGGGAACUUCCUAUAAGUUUGUCAGAGUUAAAUUUCUUGGGUACCUUUAAUGUGUCCUACAACAAUUUGAUAGGAAGAGUUCCAACAUGUACUCAAAUUCAGAGCUUCAAUGAGUCCAGCUUCUUUGGAAACAAACUUUGUGGAGCUCCACUAACUAAUGAUUGUGUACAUGUUGACAAAACUAAUACAACAAGCGACCAAAAAGAAGACGGUGGAUCACACAAAGUAGAUUGGGGGUUGAUUAUUAGCAUAGCGCUUGGAUUUAUUAUCGGGUUUUGGGGCAUUGUGGUUUCAUUAAUGCUCAAUAGAUCAUGGAGAAUCACAUAUUUCCGUCUCUUGAGGAAAUUGAUCAAGGUAUAA